UCGCAAGAGAAUUGCCAUCCGAUUGAAGUGUGUUUGUUCUGUGCUCUGUGUGGUGUGUAAGAAAAAGAAAAAAAACGACUCACCCAUUCCAGAAUUCCAUUGUUUUAUUUCAAUAUACAACAAUCUGUCAACGCUCAGUGACUGUCCGUUUGCCGUCCGCUGCAGUUGUACUUGCCACCGUUUAACGCUUUCAACAUGGGACUCGAGAAGCUAUUGCCCUGCACGGUUACCUUGUCCAAGAUCUUGGCCAAGUCUGGCCACGAUGUCCUUUGCGUCAUCGAUCGUGCUGUGCCCAACGAGCUGGCUGAGGUCUUUGAGGAGCAUCGCUCCUAUGACAAGGCCUUCGACAGUGUCGUCUCCUGCUUCAAGUCUAAUCUCGGUCUGCCUGUGAUCUAUGCUCCGGUGCAGGAGUUAACCGACUAUGACGAUGUCCGCUGCUAUCAGAAGGCAGCUGCCCAGUCGCUUCAGCGAGCCAUCAAGUCUGGAUUUAAGGCGCCACUUUUGGUGGUGCCCAACAGCAAACGCUUCUCGCAGGUGGAACUGUGUACGGUUCUUGGCGCCCUGGAGGAGCUCUAUGUGCCCAUUCAACUGCGCGAGGAAGUGCCCGAGAAGAAGAAACGCAUUAGUUCACUCUCCGUGCUGAUUAACAAUCCCAAUGCUGAAAAGAUCAUGAAGGAUGCUCUGGUCCUUGAGUCGGCUCGUCGCAUUGCCCGUGACAUUGGUGGCGGUGAUCCGGAGCGCAUGGCGCCACCUCUUGUGGAGGCGUACAUCGAGCCACUGUUCGCCAAUUUGUCGGUGACGGUGAUCAGCGAUGUGGAUGUGCUCAGCAAUGAGUAUCCGCUCUUUGAGGCCGUCAAUCGGGCUGCCAAUUGUGUGGAGCGGCAUCAGGGACGCAUCAUAUUCCUCGAGUAUAAGCCACCCAAGCCGGCGAGAAAAACUGUGAUGCUGGUGGGCAAGGGAGUCACCUACGACACUGGUGGCGCUGACAUCAAGGCUGGCGGCGUUAUGGCGGGCAUGUCCCGUGACAAGUGUGGCGCUGCUGCCGUUGCUGGUUUCAUGCAUGUGGUCAGUGAGCAGAAGCCCGAGGAUAUUCAUGUAAUUGGCGCCCUUUGCAUGGUGCGCAACUCCGUUGGCGAGGAGUGCUAUGUAUCCGAUGAGAUCAUAACGUCCCGUGCUGGUGUUCGUGUAAGAAUUGGCAACACCGAUGCCGAAGGCAGAAUGUGCAUGGCCGAUGUCCUGUGCCGCAUGAAGGAGAUGGCCAUUGAGAGAGAUCUGCCGAAUGCGCAUAUCUUUACCAUUGCCACGUUGACGGGUCAUGCUUUCAUUUCCGCUGGCGAGGGUCAGUCCAUCAUUGUCGACAAUAGUGUCGCCGCCAAGGAGGAUCAUGCACGCAAGCUGCAGGCCGCUGGCCAGACCUAUGGCGAACCCUUCGAGGUCUCUGUGCUGCGUCAAUGUGACUUUGACUUCAAUGCCCCCAAGGUCUUGGGCGAGGAUGUGGUCCAGUCAAAUUCGGCACCAUCUGUGAGGACACCACGUGGCCAUCAAGUGCCCGCUGCAUUCCUGAUCAAGGUCACCGGACUGGACAAACACGGCGUCGACUCGAAGAAGCCACUGAAGUACACCCAUCUGGACAUUGCCGGCAGUGCCGGCGAGUAUCCCAAUAUGCCAACAGCAGCGCCAAUUGUUGCCCUGGUCAAGACCCAUCUGAUUGAUUAGGUGCGAUUCAAUCUACACUAAACAAUAAAUAAAGCGCCGUACUUACACAUAUACAACUCUUUGUAAUCACCGUAUGCAUCACACAUACAUCUAAGCAUGUAUUUCUUAAUGUCAGAGUGAAUAAACUAAAGCUAUUGUAUUAUAA